UGUUUGUGGAGAUUGUUGUGUAUUAUUGAGGAUCGUAAUCCAACUUAGGUUAGAUAAUUAAUGAAAAUCAACAAGCACCAGAUAUCUACUCAGUUGUUUGAAUGUUAAGCUUUCACCUUGAAACCUGAAAGUUCUGGGCUGGAUCAUCGGUAUGUUUUUGGAUGCACACCGUUAAAGAGUUCUAUACUAGGACAGAACUGUUGUCCAAUGCUUCUUGGUUUUCAAUGAUUGCCUCAGGUUAUGUUUUUCAGUUUCGCAAUAUCAUUUUACGUUUAUACACACGGUUAUAGGAAAUUGAAGAAAAUGGUUAUAAGAUAGACGAGUUUCACGUCCAAAUAAUUUUAAUCAAUGAAUACUCUAUAUUGUUGUCUCUGAAGCCUCACACCUUAAUAUUAGCUUUGCCUACCUAGUGGUUAGACCUAUUCCACAUAGUGUUUAUAAAAUCCUGAUGGUUAUUUACCUGUAGUUAUAUUUAUGUUGAAUCUCACUGAUCAUAUUUCAUUUGUGUAGUUAUUAACCACUGGCCAGGUUGGUAAGUACAGAUUACCUGAUUGGAAUCCGCCUGAUUAUCAUGAUCAAAUGAUUGAAGGCGUUAGAUGACAUAGCUUAGGAUGAGUCGCAAUGGUGCAGAUGUAUUCAAUUUUUGUUUAUCCUUGGAUCAUGCGUUUCAAACUUGUUACAUGCCUUUGGUUCCGUGAAUUCACUCUUGAAUCAUUACCUACGUUUAAUCUCUUCUGUUAUCACUGGUACGGCUACUACUUCUACUAUGGCAUUUCUCUUAACAUUUUCAUCUCUGUGCUAAUAAGAUGUACCAACUUAAGCCGAUCCAUAUGUGUGCCAGCUUCUAUGUUGCUUGUGACUGAUUAACUGACUGAGUUGUGAAGUAGAAUCCCAAUCACUUCUGAAUAUUAAUGUGUCUUGUUAUUCACUUGGUACAGUAUUUACAUAAAUCUGUGUUCAUAAAUUUAGCAAGUGAUGAGAUUUUUGAGUGGUUACUGGUUAUACUUCAAAUGUUUGUUUAUUAAAUUGUUCUGAGGAUGCAAGUGGAAUUUUAUCACAUAAUUGUCGAUAGGUAUAGUUCAAGUCGUCAUAAUUUAGAAGGGAUUAUGAAAAAACGUCACUUAAUAAGACCAAAAGUCUGCCAAGUAAAGCAUUUGUGGAUUUAUCGUGUACCUGAUAACACGAGUUAUUGUAUUACCUGUCUAUCAACAUUUACAGCUGUCCCCACUCCAACGUUCUUAUAAUCUAUUACAUGCUUGGUCAGUUUAACAAUCUCUUGAUAUGAAGCGAAUAUUAGAGAAGUUGAAACUACUUUACAGACUUAUUAUUCCUAUUUUUGUUGUAUAAUUAUUCGAUAAUUGAAUUAUUUUAUUUCUGUUCUUGUUAGUGUAAAUUUCCGUUGGACCCAUCAACUAUUGUUAUAUUUUCUACCAUUUGUUAAUUGUUACUGAUUAGUUGUGUAUCGUUGUCUUCCACUUAUAUGGCAUCAUUGUGUGCAAAUUGUUUCUUAAUUGGGGUGUGUUGCUGUCUGACAAUUCAUGCAUAUGAACUAAUUAGUGUUUGAGGUAAAUAUACUGGGUCCCCUCACCUGAUUUGUUCUCGUAUUUUAACUGAAGAUUAAUGGUAGAAGACAUGCGUACCGGUAGACCAAUAGGAGCUAAGACUAUAUCGGCCCCUGCUCAAUGUUAAUUUUGACAGUUGGAGCGCAUCAAAGCGUAGGACACGACACUAUAGAAGAAAUAGUACACGUGGUGUAUAGAAAUUAUAACGAGGUUUCUAAUUGACAAAUUUUCUAGAUGUCGGUUGACAUUUUCAUUCACAGCACAUAUCGAUUGCAGUGUUGGAUAAAGCAAUUUAGAUUUUACACGAUUCGAACACGUAGAUUCAAGGUGUUCUACUGUCUAUCUUCCAUAUCAGUAAGCUUCCAUACAAACAGUUCUCAAUCAUUCAAUAAUGCUUUGUAGUAGGAUAGUAUCUGUUUUGUUAUUACAUGUUUCCUCUUUGGUAUGUUACGAAAAUCUUGUGCUUUGGACUUCACUUUUCCAUAUAAUAAAUACUAGCAAACUAAUUACAUUUUGAAUGAUUCAUGGGUUUUUCUAAUUUUUUGUUGUUACAUGUAUAUCAGCUGAUUGUUCAUUACAUAAACGUAUGAUUUUGUUUGAUCGAUGUAUAACAAUUGUUUUAUUUUAUGAAUCCUUUAUUAGUUUUACACUCCCUUUCAUUUGUAUUUCGACUUUUUUAAUGUAAUAAUAAAUCGACUACCUAGUUUACACUGUGAUCUGUAAGGAAGUCAGCUGAUUACUUUUUUUCUUAAACAGUUGACAGUAUUGUUUUAUGUGUAUGUCUAUAUGCCUGGUAUCUUAGACUGUUUACUUGAUGUGUACUGCCUUAUCAUUUGUUUGUUGAUAUCAAUUUUACAUCUGAAUUGUUCAAAAACAUUUACCUUAUUCAAUGCAAUCUAGGCAGUUAAUAAGUACAUUUAGAAAUAGUUUCUUAUAUUCACUUGCUUCAUACGUCGAGUAUGACAGGAGUAAUUGAGAAGAAAUUUAAGGACCUCUAAAUCAAGACACUUUAUCAGUUCAUUAACUCAUUGGCCGUUUGUUUGAAUUGUGUUGGUAAAUGGCAAACUAUCUGGUCAAUAACUGUUUUUUUCCAGAAAAUUGAUUUGUGUUUUGUAUGAAGUAGACUUGCGUAAUUUAUAUUCAUAAACUUAUGUGUAUUCAUCCAUAGUUUAACUAUUAACUUCUUGUCUCCCAUAAAAAUAGUAGCAUAUUCAUAGAAAGCAGUUUCUGAAACUAUUUUUGCAGUUUGAUAUUGUUGAAGGAAUCCAUGACAUUCAGUUAUGAUGUAUCGGAAACAACUAGAUCACAUAGAAUAGUAUCUUGUCGAGUGAUUAUUUUGAUUCUCUCGUUAUUGUACUGUAAGUACCAAAUGUAAAAGAUACCUGAUGAGAAAAAUUAACCUCUAUUCAUUACUGAUUAUUAUUAUUUGUACUUCAUAGUACAAUGCCUAUGGUUACAUCAUUUAUUUCAACAUUGAAUAUAAAUACCGGUGUAGCACAACUUAGCUCCUGGCUUACUAGUCAAGCUAUUCAUGUACCUCCUGGUUGGAUUGAUGCUUGUGUGGCUUGGCUUGCUGAAGAGCAUGGAGGGAUUGAUGCAUGUAAUCAUCUUACAAAGUCUGAUUGGUGUCAAUUAAUCUAUGAACAAUGGCUUCAUUCUGAUUUGAAACAGUUAGCAUGUCCAGUUCUACCGUCAACUUUAUCUACUUCCAGAAAUCCCCAUGACAAUUCUUUUAGCAAUACCAUUAAUUCACCUGCACUUAAGCUGGAUGGUGAACUUUGUCUUCAAGUUGUCAAUUUAUUCAACAUAGGUGAAUCAUACUAUGGUCAACUGAGACGACAUGAGGGUAAUUUGAGCGUGAAUUUACCUUCAUUGGAAGUAGACAGUGAAAAUAAUCCAGAUGGACAUACUACACAAAUGACACAAGCUGUUAGUCAAUAUCUUAAUCAAAGUCCGACUCAAACAAACAAUUUUAGACAGUCAACAAUAGCCAAUUGUCUCACUUUGUUUCUUACUGAUGGAGUAAGAGAAAUCAAAGUUAUUGAAUUUGGCACCCAAUCUACAAGAUCACGAUCUUCUUUACCUUUUAAAGAAUUAUUAAAAAAACUUCGACCUGGAGUAAAAAUUCGUCUACGUGGACCAUUACUUCUACGUAAUAACAUCUUACUUGUUCCUCCUGGUGCUUUACAGUCACUAUCAAGCCAUCAGUUGGAAGUUUUGGGUGGUGAGGUUGAUGAACUCUUAGAAAACUAUGAAGAAAAUACUAUGUAUGAAGUUGGCAAACUAUUGGCUAAUAAAUUGAAUAUACCAUUAACUGGAAAUAACAGCUUGCCAUCCUGGUUUCCUCGUAUAUCAUCUAGACAGUUACACAGCUCAGCUGGUGAUAAUCCGUUACCAAAUCUAGAAGUGCCUAGUGAACAGUCUGAUUAUGUAGCAGACGUUCAACAAAACCGUAAUAAUAACAUUACUAACAGUGGAAAUGGCAGAGAUCCACUAAGUUCUGUUCGUUUCCCAUUGGGUACUGUUUCUACUGGUGAUAGGGGCGGCGUCGGUGGCAGUGGUAGCGUUUCUCCAGAAUUAUGGGAUGAUGAAAUAUUCGAUGAUGCAAUAUUGAGUCAUGCUGCUCAAUCUAUGGAGAAACAGUUAGAUUCUAAUAAAUGUGGUGUAUCGAUUUCACGAAGUUCCGUUCAUUCGUUCAAUGAUCCACUUCGUUUACCAGCAAGUGUUACAUCUGAUGAAGGAGAGCGAUCGUCAAACGAAUCUAGAUCUAGUUGUCUUCAACAAACUCACAGGAUUGUUGAUGAGGGCGAGAAUAAUGUUUCUCUUGAUAGCGAUGAUCCAUUUUUAGAAGAUCAAGUCGAUCCAGAUAUAUUGGCCUCUGCUUUAGCUGAAAUAGACGAACAACAAUCAAUGAAUUCUACGAAUUUUCCCAAAACUAAUCAGUUAAAAGGGAAUGAAAUGCGAGUUUUCCAAUCCAAUAAAAAAGUAUUCGAAACAACGACUUCGUCAACGUUAUCAUCGACUUUAAUGACAAAAAGUUGUGCAUUAAGUAAACCGAAAAAAUCACUAAUAGAAUCAAAACAAAGUUUGAAACAAACUUUAUUAAUGCUACAAUCACGCAGUCGAUUAGUGAACAAAGCGAAUGAUAAUCCAUCGCUCCCUUCUUCUUCUUCGUCUAAACCACAACCGACUGAAGCAUUCUCACCAGAACCAGUAAAAUCAGAUAUCAUAAAAGUACAAACUAACAUCGACAACAGUGAAGAUCUUCUGCCACCAGUGCCUAAACGUAAAACAUUGGAAUUCAAACAAACAAACAGUUCUAUUGCAAGUAAUAGUAAAUCUAAAAAUAUACUACAGUUUGCGUCUUCAUCUAACGAUCAAGUUUUUCCAAUGACUACAGAAAAUAAUCAUGAUAAAUACAUGGUUAGUAGUAAACAACUUCCAUCCAGUUCAUUGAAAACUGACUAUCAUUUCCAUCCAUUUUGUUAUAUUCAAGAUAUAUAUGACAAACUACUUAAAACAAAAGAUAGUAAUAAUAGUUCAUCUUCCAUAAAUCCUGUUUAUACAAUUCGCGGUUUACUUAUUAGUCUAUUGUCAUCAUUGGAACACCAUCAUGGUACUAAAUGGACACUAGCUGUACGAAUUACAGAUGGUAGUGCACUUCUUGAUCUAGAUGUCGCUUCGGAUUUACUAACUGAAUGGAUUGGUCUAACUCCCAAUGAAAGUGAAUCAUUAAGAAUAUUGAGUAAAAUUGACUCGAAUUCUUCAAAUCCUCUUGCAAUUCAAGAGGCACAAAAACAUCGUCAACGUUUACGUACAGCAUUAACAAAUUUCCAAACAUUUCUAUCACAUUUAGGCGGUUUAUUCAAUAUUACAAUUCAAACAUGCAAUGAUAAUGUUUUAAAAUGUGAAAAGAAUACAUCAAACAAUACUACUACUACUUCUACUACUAUUGAUCAGUCAUCAUCCUCAUCGAUACGUCCUAUUUUAAUAGGUUAUAAAGAAAUGGAUCAAUGUUGGUUGAAAGAAUUACAAAAUAGAAUUAAUGUUCUUUAUACAGAGAAAAGUUUGCUGUCAAAAAUGAAAGAGAAAAACAUAGAUAAAUAAAUAAAUUUUCAUGUUUUCUUUUUCUCCUAAUUUUGUAAAUUCAUUAAUAUAUUUGUCCAUAGUUUUAUAGGUGUAUUACAGUUUAUGUUUUAUUGCAUUCCAGAGAAAAUGUAAAAUUAUUUGCAAAUAUUACUAUUAUGAUAACGUAACAUGGUGUCUCUUUUCUGUUUCUGAUUGCUUUUUGUAGUUAAUGUUAGGUAAUAAUUAUAUUUAUAAUAAAUUCAAUUAGUAUUGUUUGUUUGAAUCUUC